AUGAUUAUAAGCAUUAUUAAAUAUAUUUGUGCACUUUCAUGGAAGAAAAUAGGAGUUACUAAAGUUUUAAUAAAAUCUAAAAUAUAUCAUUUAUUUAGUAAUAUAUUAACUCAAUUGUAUCUUAAGAAAAGGGAUCUAUCAAUUGAUAUAUUGUUCAUUCAUUUUUGGCAUUGGAAAGGGGAUAAAAAUAAAAAAUAUUAAAAAUAUUUUUGGUUUAUUCAUGAAUUUAGAUAAUUUUUUGCGAUAACAGUUUUCUUCCUAGGAGGAGAUACAUGA